AAGAAACAAACUCGUACUCGGUCCCCAAAGGGCCAACUCAACUCUGUUGUCUUUGCUUUUCUUUCUUUUCUAUACAUACAGAGAGAGAAAACGAAAGCGGUAUAAAGGGAGGUACGAAUCCAGGGGCAGAUCUGCAGAGGAAUAUCGUUUUUGAUACCAUAUAAAAAGUAUCAUUCUUUUGAGUUCUUUCACGAGUUCUAUUGUAUGUGUGACACAUAUAAGCUUAUCAUCAUUUUGUGUGUCCACAUUUAAGGGAAAGAGAGGUAGAGGAGUGAGAAUGAAUAUGAGAGAAAGGAGUUGUUAUCCUAUGUCUUUAAUGGGAGUGAAUGUGGCUCUUGCUUCUGUUGAUGCUCUUAUUACACUUCUUGCUUUUGCUCAGUUAAUGAGAAUUCACUCUCGGAAUACUCACAAUGGCUGGACUCGUCAGAAAGUAUUUCACUUGAUGAUUGGAUCUUCGAAUUUGGGUUAUUUCCUUUAUUUUGUGUUGACAAUUAUUGCUGCUUGUAAGGGUUGGCUUUGCUGGUCGCACUCCUGUGGCUUUGUUGUUAUGGCUUUCCCCAAAAUUCUUUUCCUUGCUGCAUUUCUUCUUCUCCUUUCAUUCUGGGUUGAUCUUUGUCAUCAGUCCAAUGAUGAAGAAGAUGAAGAUGAUGCGUAUAGUCCUCGAGCAGCCUUGUUGGAGAAGAAUAAGCCAAAUUCAAAUGCUGAUAGUCACCGAAGAUGCUGCUCUUUUCGUGCAGUCAAAGUGGGAAGCCGCCAAAAAGUUGUUGUUCUGGUUACUCUGUUAGUUUUUCUGUUAAUGUUGGUAGCUGCUGUGCUAAUAUGGAUUGGGAGGGGAAGGAAUCCUAUUGAUUCUUCUGUUGUGGCUCGGGUGUAUGUAGAUCUCUUUGCCAUAGCAGUUCUUCUGCUCGGAGUGGCAUUGGCAUGCUACGGACUGGUGUUGUUCUUGAAAAUGAGCAAAGUGAGAUCUGAAAGGGCUUCAUCAGAAAUGUGGAAGGUCGCAGGUUUGGCAGUUGUUUCUGUGCUAUGUUUCACUUCAAGUGCCGCUGUCGCCAUAUUCACAGAUAUACCUCUUCUUUUUAACUGGCAUGGACAGAAGAUAAAUGGUGUCUGUACAUCUCUUCUCAUGGUUUUAUAUUAUUUUAUAGGUUCUUCUGUACCUUCAGCAUUUGUGCUAUGGGUGAUGAGAGAACUACCACCUCCACUUGUCACUUUCGGGCAACAAGAGUCGAGGACAAUAGCUUUUAUCAGUGAUAGUUCAGUGACAGAACAGCCUCAGCGAUGGACAGCUGCUACAAGUGCGCAGAAUCAGGUCUCAAGGGCGAGCCCUAUAUGAUCAACGUGAUGAUAUUGGACAUUGAUUGGUGAUUUUCAGCUAGAAAUGAGGAACUGACAAUACAAAAAAGGAGAUAACUGCUCAGUUUGAGUGGUGGGGAUUGUGGUUGGGUGAUCGAAGAAAGCUCAGCUCAACGGAAAAUACCCCAUGCGAAAAGAUGGUUGCUCGGGGUUCAGAUGCCUGCAUAACUUGGAUUCCUGUACAUAGCAAACGUUGUGAUGAACUUUCUAAAUUUUACAGAUUCCUUUUUGUUGAUAUAAUUAGGUUUUAAAUGUUUCUUUCCCUGAAAAGGUUUCCCUCUAAUUAUCUUACAUGUGUGGUUGUCUUGAAAUGGAUAAAUUGCCUCUUUUAAGUUAGAGAAUAAUUUUCAUUGGCCUCGUGGAGAAGAUAGAAAUAUGAUGAGAAAUACAAUCAGUUAUAAGGAAUCGUGUUUAUUUUUAGGAUUCUAAACAGGUGAAAGUCAUUCUAAGUUUGUAAUCACUAUCUCCCUCCAAAUUUUGAUUAUCGAUAUUCUCCUUUUAUCUCUUAA